AUGUCGCCUCAGGCAUCUCUUAUUUCCGAUUUGCAGGAGCUGUUUUUUUCAGUCCUGCACUCGACCGCCGGCCUGCGCAGAGUUGUUUACACCUCGCCUUCCCUCGACCAAGUCCGAACUGCAAACGCCAUGCGGCUUCUCCACCUUGACGCGCUGGGAAGGCUCGUCUCGACAGACUUCCACGGCAACACGAUCCCGCCCUACGCCAUUCUGUCGCAUAGAUGGUCUAGUUCCGAGAUCCUAUUUAACGACGUACAGAGCGAAGCCUAUAAGGAGAAAGAAGAAGGCUAUAGAAAACUUGAGUUCUGUGCUAAACAGGCAGCUCAGGACAAGCUGCAGUACUUCUGGGUCGACACUUGCUGCAUCGACAAGUGGAAUCUCGCUGAGCUCUCAAAGGCGAUCAACUCGAUGUUCCAGUGGUACAAAAACGCGACACGAUGCUACGUCUUCUUGUCAGACGUCUCGGUGUCGGCCGCAACAGAGCCGGUCCAACGCAGCGACUGGGAGGCGUCGUUCCGCAAAAGUGUAUGGUUUACUAGGGGGUGGACGCUCCAAGAGCUAAUUGCGCCGGUGUCAGUCGAGUUCUUCUCGUAUGAAGGACAUCCCCUAGGCGAUAAAGCGUCGCUCGACCAGCUUAUCCACGAGAUCACCGACAUCCCGCUCGCGGCAUUGCGCAACUGCCCCUUGGACCAGUUCCCUACAUCCGAGCGAGAGGGAUGGGCCAAAAAGCGCAGAACGACUGAAGCAGAAGACACCGUUUACUGUCUACUUGGGAUUCUUGGCGUCUCUAUGCCCACCGUGUAUGGCGAAGGACAGGAGAGUGCACGAAGCAGACUGCAGGCAGAAGUAAAGGCAGCUGUCAACGCACCGUCGAUCAUUCCAUUCUCACGGAACCACCGCUUCGUAGGUCGAGAGUCGCAGCUUACCAAGCUAGAAGCAAAGCUCUUCAGCAACGAACACACCACUACUAUACUAGCGAUCGUUGGACUAGGCGGAACAGGCAAGUCGCAGCUUGCGCUCGAGGUUGCACACAGAACAAGGCAGAGCAACAAGAACUGCUCGGUCUUCUGGAUAGACGCAAGCGACAAAGACAGUCUCUACCAGUCGUAUGCAAGGGUUGCGCAGAAGCUUAAUGUUUUAGGCUGGAACGACGAUCAGGCGGACAUAAAACAGCUUGCGAAACGCUGUGUAGUAGAGAUUAGUACGCGGCAAUGUUUACUCAUUUUCGAUAACGCAGAAGACACCACUCUACGAUCUGGCGGCUCGUCUACGAUAGAAUAUGCGGUCUUAGCCGACUGUUUGCCGCAGUCCAAGCAAUGUUCUGUCAUCUUCACAACAACAAAUAGUAACACAGCUCAGGCGCUUGCUUUAGAGAAUGUUAUAGUGCUGCGAGAGCUAACACUAGACGCGGCGCUGAAGAUGCUGCAAGUCCGCUUAGCGAGGCCCCUCGCGAACACUGAACAGCAGGAAGCCAAGCACUUGCUAAGAGAGCUUUCGUAUCUCCCUCUAGCCGUCAUGCAAGCAGCGGCCUGUAUGAAUGCUAGCGGUCUGACAGUACAACAGUAUCGAUCACGACUGGACAAGCACAAAGAACUAGCUAUUAAACACAGCUGUGACUCGUCUGAGGGUAGACUACAAGGUUCUGGUGUGAAAGACACUGUAGCUGCUACGCUGUUUCUCUCCAUCGACCAGAUUAGUCGUGACAAUGCGUUUGCCGCAGACUAUCUGUUUCUUGCUGCAUGCGUAGACCGAAAAGACAUCUCGCUCGACCUUCUAGAGGCAGCCUCGAUGCAAGAAAGAGAAGAUACUAUUAGGGUGCUUGACAAGUAUGCGCUCGUCACUAGGCGACCUGCUGAGUCUGCGCUCGAUGUUCAUCGACUAGUCCAUCAAGCUCUGCGCGAGCGGCUGCAAAUGCAGGGACAGCUCAUACAACGUACUAAACGCACUAUCACACAGCUACUUCGUGUGUUCCCAGAUGAUGAUCAUAGUAACAGAAGCAAGUGGAGACGACUGCUCCCACAUGCCCAAUAUGCUCUGUCGAAUAGUCCGGCGGAUGAUAACGACGAAGAAAGAUUGCGUCUUGCAGCAAACUGUGCUAUAUCUCUGUCUAGUGACGGACGGUAUGAGGAGGCCGAAGAGCUGGGGGUGCAAGUGAUGCAGUCGAGGAAGAGAGUGCUUGGCCACGAGCAUCCUGACACGCUGAGCAGCAUGACUAACCUGGCGUCGACGUACUGGAACCAAGGGCGGUGGAAGGAGGCCGAAGAGCUAGGGGUGCAAGUGAUGCAGUCGAGGAAGAAAGUGCUUGGCGGCGAGCAUCCUGACAUGCUGAUUAGUAUGGGCAACCUAGCGUCGACGUACAGGAAUCAAGGGCGAUGGAAGGAGGCCGAAGAGCUGGAGGUGCAAGUGAUCCAGUCGAGCAAGAGAGUGCUUGGCCACGAGCAUCCUGACACGCUGAGAAGCACGGCCAACCUGGCGUCGACGUACUGGAACCAAGGGCGGUGGAAGGAGGCUGAAGAGCUGGGGGAGCAAGUGAUGCAGGCGAGGAAGAGAGUGCUUGGCGAUGAGCAUCCUGACACGCUGAUUAGUAUGGGCAACCUAGCGUCGACGUACAGGAACCAAGGGCGAUGGAAGGAGGCCGAAGAGCUGGAGGUGCAAGUGAUGCAGGCGAGGAAGAGAGUGCUUGGCGACAAGCAUCCUCACACGCUGAUUAGUAUGGGCAACCUGGCGUCGACGUACAGGAACCAAGGGCGAUGGAAGGAGGCCGAAGAGCUGGAGGUGCAAGUGAUGCAGGCGAGGAAGAGAGUGCUUGGCCACGAGCAUCCUGACACGCUGAGCAGCAUGGCCAACCUGGCGUCGACGUACAGGAACCAAGGGCGAUGGAAGGAGGCCGAACAGCUGGAGGUGCAAGUGAUGCAGGCGAGGAAGAGAGUGCUUGGCGAUGAGCAUCCUGACAUGUUGACUAGCAUGCACAACCUAGCCUUCACGCUGCACUAA